CAUCAGCAUAGGAGCACGAGUUUUGAAUCUGAUCAUUUGCGCAACUUUAAGAAUAUUGGAUCCUUCCAGAAUUCCUCUUUAAUUUCAUCGACGGCACAAUCUCACGGUAAACCUCAAAGUGAAACUUUAAGUGGUCUAACCUUUUUGGUUAGAGAACCAACUUUACACAUGGUUAGUUUUUCCAAUCAUAUUUCUACCUUCUCCUAUCCAACCAAUCAGAUACCGGAAUUUGUUGGACUUUUACUAGAACUUUCUUUGAGUUCUAUUUUUGUAUUUAACUGUGAACUUAGUUCGGAAAUAUUCGUGUCGUCUGUCUGUCUGUUUUGAUGUGGUACCCGCUUCUGUUUUGAUUUAUAUAUUUUUCGCAACAUUGUUUGCAAACAUCGAAAAAUCUUAGAUAGAAACCUGUAUAUUUUUCUCAGUGUUUUGAAGUUUUGCAAACAUUUUCAACUUCCAGAGCUAUUCUUUUUUUUGUAUCUGUGGACUGAAUAUUGUAUACUGAAAUCGGCUGAUAAAAAUCAGCGUAAUAUCUACAGUUAGUCAAACCAUUCUGUUUUUAUGCAUUUUAUGCAAUAAUCAUUCGUGUAUUCUGGACUAAAGAUGUUUGAUUGGACAUGGCAUGAAGAAGAGAAUAGUAAUUUUCUAGAAAUAAGGGAUGACAAUAAGGAUGUGAUAUUUCAUCCAAGACUAAGCAAUGGAACAGCAGUCGUCCGUGGAACUAAAGCUAUGUCUAAUGGUCAACAUUACUGGGAAGUUGAGAUGGCAUCACCUGUAUAUGGUACUGAUGUGAUGAUUGGGGUAGGAACAUCAGAUGCCGAUAUAUCGCAAGUACGUGACAGGUUUGUAAGUUUAUUAGGCAUGGACAACAAAACAUGGGGCUUAUCAUAUACUGGUCAGUUCCACCAUGAUGGUUUGGCUCGGGACUAUGCACCUCGUUUCGUGCUGGGAAGUAUCAUUGGAGUUCACUUGGACAUGUGGAAUGGCACCCUGUCAUUUUACAAGAACAGAAAAAAUCUAGGUGUUGCAAGCAGAGGAUUGAAUGGAAAAUCUCUGUAUGCCAUGGCAUCUUCUACGGCAGCUCGUAGCAGGAUGCGUAUUAUUCGAAGCUGCUCGUUUCCUUCCUCGCUUCAAUUUCUUUGCUGUUCAAGACUCAGGGAGAUGAUUCCAGAAGAGAAGAGUGUAUUGGAUGCAAUAAAAGUCCCACCAGGCUUACGACUAUUCCUGCAGAACAAUCUGAGUUGGCUUCUGGACAAGAGAAAUUUAGACGACCAACCUCUGAAUUGUGAUUCAUCACAAUUCAGAGAUACUAGGUAUACAAGCCAGCCCAGUCCAGAAUACGAAUUUAAUCAAAAUAUGUAUGAGGAAAUCAGAUUUGGAGAUUCAGCUGAAAGUAACUGGGAAAUAUUUUUUCCUGCCCUGGACCCUUUUGUUAUGGGAAUUGGCCAGAGCCAGCAUACCAUAAUGGGGUGUGGACCAUAUUUUUUACAUAAUUAUAACAGAUUUCAGCGAGUAGAAAGACCAUUAGAGCAACACGAAGAAAAUGUAGAAGUCAGUAGGAAUCCUUCUGUUGACAGAAGUGGAUCCUCUCAUAAUAGCUUCGAAGUUUCUAAUGAAGAAAAUAUAGAAGAUGAAGACACCAGUGAAAGCAGCUCUAAGCGUCGACGCCAUUCUUAUAAUUAUGUAAUGGGGUUAUCUGAUCCAGAUAGUGACUGAUAUUUUUUCCCUUUUUUUAUUUCAUUAAUUUUAUAGACUCUGAUAAUAGUAACUGAUAAUUUUUACCAUAUGGUGUUUCUGCCACUCAUUAACUUUUCCUCUUUAACAUAAAAUUACAAAAUGAAAUCGGUCAAAGAACAUAAAAUUUAGAAGAAAGAAUCAUAAUUAAUGCAGCUUAAAAAGCAAAAUAUUCAGAAAGUUUAAAUUUGCCACUGAAUAAAAACUUUCCUUUUUAAUCUUGAAAUAUUUUUUAACUAAUUUACCCUUGAAGGCUUUCUUUAAAAAAGAGCAUAUUACUUUCUUUUUCAGAUUUCAAUAAGGGACUAAGACACAACUGACACGGCAGUAAAAUAUGUUUUGGUCAUUUACAGACACUGAAUUUGUGGAAAGAAUGUUCUCAGUUUACAUAUAUACUUAAAAAAAAUUACUGCAAUAAACAGGAUGAUGGUUUAACACUUUAUCUCUUCGUAUUUAAUCUUGACUUCAAAAUAGUGUUCAUCAAAGCUGGUUCAAUGAUAACAUUAAUAAAUAAGACUCGAACUACAAUUCAAGUUUACCUUACUAAAGAUAUUUUUAAUGAUUUUUAGAUAUGCAGUAGAAUUAAAAUUUUAUGAAUGUGUGACCCCAUAAGAAUGCAAACAACGUAAAAAAACAAUUUUGCAAACCCAAUCAGAAUGGCGACUCUUAGAUUUAUACCAUCAGUUUAGAUUUUUAAGGAUUUUAAUCCGCCUUGUGACUGCACUAUAAAUUUUUGUAACCAUAGUUUGAAUGCCACUGUGAUAUAGUAUUAUUUGUUUUGUGCUCAAAUGGAAGAGCUAUUAGUAUUUCUAUUAGUAUUGUGUUUUAGUCUCUUUAAUAUGAAUGAAAUUAUAUUUUAAUUUAUAAACAAAGUUAUAUCUUUUAGUAUUUUCCUGUGACACAACACCUUUUUCGAGAUUGCUUAGUAUUUUUAGUACAGGUGUAGAUUACCUCAUUAAUAGUCAAUAAGUUCAUCAAUUCACUCAUUUUCUCAUACCUUUCACAAAAGCUAACAUAGAAAAUAAUUACAGUACAUUAAUAGUGUUAUGUUUUGAUUUCAAAACAUAUGUUAUAGUGUUUAUUUUGAAACAAAUUAUAUAAUUAUCAGCCUCUAUUUGAUUUAUUCAUUAUAGUCUAAAUUUGUAGUGCUGAAAUGGUAUAUCAAUAUCUAAUAUAAAAAUACUGAAGAAGGAGAGAGGAAGUCAUAGGUUCUGAAGGAGGAGUUAGGGAUAUUGCAUGAUUGUGAAAUCUUAUUUAAGGAGCGUGUAAAAGGAUAAAGUUGGGAACUGCGAAUCUGGAGAAUGAUGACAUAAUUCCAUCUUAUAAAUAUUUUCUGAUCUGUGAUGUUCUAAAUAAUUUGUAUUUUUAGUUUGAAGUAUUGUUAAUAAAAUGUCUUAAUUUUUUAAGGAUCUACUUGAAUGCUUCUAAAGCACAGUAUGCAAGAACGCUUUAGCUAAGGUUGAAUUUUUAAAAUUGAAUUGCGAAAUUACGAUGUGUUAUUUGAUGUAAAUUUAAAUUUACAUCAGAUAUGUAUUUUCUAUAGGUAUAUGUCAUUGCAUAUAUUAAUUAGUAUUUAUUAAAAGUAUAUGGUCUUUAAUUUAAAUAUUUUGAAAUUGUAUCUAAUAUUUUGAAGCUAUGUUAUUAGCUUGUUUAGGGAUAAGAAUGAAAUAUAGAUUCAGUAUAUGAAGAGGUAAUGUAAUGUAAUUACAUGGGUAUACUGUAACCGUCUGGCCAGUAAUAAUCGACCUCGUGGUCACUGCAGCACAUCUAACACAGAUUAAAACAAAAAUACAGUUAAGAACAUCAAAAUUCGCAAAAUUGUUUUAUUGCCAUUUAUGAAGUUCAUCAAAUCCUUUGCAAAUCUAUACUCUUUCCCACGGCAAUAGAAUUCUUUUAUAUUACUAUGUUUUUUGCUAACAUGUCACAAUAAUAUGCAGUCUUUGAUGAAAUGCCGUGCAUUGCCUACAGCACUACAAAAAUUACAAAGACUAUUAUUUUGAAAAUUAAAUCUUUUCAGGUAUGCUGGGAAGUGGCCAUUCCAGUAAUUAUUCAAUUGUAAUCAAAAUCACAUUUCAUUCUCAUAUUUUUAGAAACUUCAAAGUUCAACAAAUAAUCCUUCCUUUAACUCGAAAUGUUCCAUUUCUCUUUCCAGCAAUCAUAAUAAGAAUCCUUGAUUUUAUCAAUACCAUCUCUUUUUAAUGCCUGAAUAAUGAAUGCAUCCUCGGCAUUACUCAUAACAACCUCUUUGACCAGUAUGUCGGCUCUCUCAAUGCCUAUAACACCAAUAUGGGCUUUUACCCAGUUCAUUUUUACUUCAUGUAUUUUCUCAAGUUUUACAAGGAGAUCUUCCCAAAAUAUUAGUGUUAUUGGCAUCUGCUAGUGCUUCCAAACUGGAUAAUGAGUCUGCAUGUAUGCAGACAGAGAUGUUUUUACAGUCAGGUUUUCAUCAACCCAUUUAAGUGCAAACAUGAUAGUAGCCAGUUCGGCUUGAAAAACCGAAUUGUAAGGUUCAUGUCUAAUUUUGUCAUAGUCUGUUUCUGUCUGUUCCAAACAAAAAAAUCAUAUAUGCUGCACCAAUUCCAUUGUCAUAACCGAAAAUGGCAGUAAAUAUAUCCAAUUUUCCUAUGCAAACAUUUGGUCUCUGAUAUUCAUCUGCUUUUCUUAAUGCAGGAUGUAUAUGGUUAAUAUUAAAGACAGAAAAACAUAUAUGCAGUAAACCCUCCAUAAGUAAUAAAAUCAACAUUUUGUGAGCAUAAUUUAAACUUAUCAUAAUAAAAGGAAUAAAUUAUCGAGAGGGGCAGCAUACCGGCCAAUAUGCAAACGACUUCUGUUGAGACUGUUUUAAAGCAUCUGGUCAGAAGCAGCAGCUAGAGUCGUCGUAUUGUAUCUAAUUUAUUUCUGAUUUGUUGCAGGUCCGCAACCCUGGAAUCCCAAGCCCCAACACCAUGUAAUAUAAUGGGAAUAAUAACUGUUUUGUAAAUUAAUCUAAUCUUAAUGCUAGACUCAGAAAUUUCUUUUAUAAUUCAAUGGAAUAGAGUUAGUUCUUUUAUAAAUAUUAUUAAAAUGUUCUUCAAAAUUCAAAUAUUUAAGGCUUUCAACACAUUUAAUUCUAACACUUUCAUAUUUUAGUUGUGGUGCUCUAGUUUAUUUCCACCCUUAAAGUAAAACAGAACAUUAGUUUUUUUUUUUUUUUUUUUUUUUUUUUUUUUUUAAAUUUAAUCAGCUCUUCUUUUUUAAUCCACAGUCUUAGAUCUUCUACAGCAAAUGAAAACAGAUUAAUUUCUCCAAAGAGUUUUCAUGAAUCACAUAAAAUAUCAUCAGCAUAACAUAACAUUCUUAUACCAUUUAGACCCUCUUUCUUUAACAGUCCAUACAUUAUGGUGUUCCAAAGCAGUGGAGCACCGCAGGAACCCUGUGGGCAUCCUUUGUAAACGAUUCUUACAAUACAAAUAUCGUUAUUAAAUCUGUAAAUUUCGGUAUCCUGAAAUCUCUAAGGGUUGAAAGCAGAGAUAUCCAUCUAACAGAGUCAAAUGCUCCCGAGACAUUGAAGGAGACCACAGCCAUGUGGAAUUCAGAUUUUUGCAAGCUAAUAAGAUUGACAGCAUCAUAAAAAGCAUUUUCCAUGCAACAGCCUGGUGUAAAUCCCUAUUGUUUUGUAUAUACAAAAUCAUUCUUUAAUAAAAAAAGUAGUACAGUCUAUUUGUAAAUAACUUAUCCAAAACUUUUGCACAAAAUAUUAACAAACAUAUAGGUCUGAUCACUCUACUAAACUUUGAAAUUAACAAAACUGUAGAAACUUUCCACACUGUAGAAAAAUGGCAUAAAUCAGGGUAUUUAUUAUAUAGCAAGACAAAAAAAUAAGACUAUUUCCAAAAUAAAAAUUUUAUCAUAGUGGCUGUGAUCCUAUCAUGUCCUGGGGCACUAUGAUUACUCAACUUCUUAACUACAUUGCUGAUUUCCAAAAAACUAGACGAUAGAUCAGCUGAAGCACAUCCAUCAUCCUGCAACAAAUCCACACACAGAAAACUAUCUUCAACAGAGUCAUAGUCAAAGUUCCUAUUAAAAUGAUCCUUUAUAACCUCAAAAUUAUUCAUAUCAGUAUUACCUUUUUCUCUCAUAAUCAUUUCCGAGACGCAUGUUUUACCACUAGCCAAAUGAAGAAAUCCUCCAUGAUAUUUUGCACUCUCAACAAAGAAUUCCAUUUUACACUAUAUGAAGAGUUACCAAACAAAAGAUUGUAUUGAAUUUUUGUUAACAGAGGGAAAGUUGAAAACUGUUUACCCAUUGUUUUUUAGCACCAUAAAUGUAUUCCGACACAUGGAUGUUGAAUUUAUGAGCUAUGUGCAUUUUUCUGCAAUAUGGUUUCAUAUUGUACUUGCUAAACAGUAAGGUAACCAACUAAUCAAAUGCGUACCAGUAACAAGAAGAUUGUACAAAUAUAUCACUGAGUUAUUGGUUUCUCUUAUAUUUUAGAAAUCAGCAUAUAGCUUCUAAUGUUACUGCUUUCCCCUUCUGCAUUUUCAUUUUUGUUGUUUGAAUAGCUUUUGAAAAACAGGAUAAAAUAUGUGUUGAAUUAUUGCAUUUAUGUGCAAUUUAAUAUAUUUUGUGAGAAGGAACUCCUGAAAUUGUGCGCUAACUUCUCGCAUUUUCCCAAUGAAAAUUGAGAGAUAUACGUUUUCCUUUAUAAACAUUUGUUCCUGUCAUCAUUUGCAGUGUUUGUUUCAUGUCAGUCAAAGUGUUAUAUUUUAUGUCAAUGUGCCAUAGUAAAAGGAGUGAUUUCCACUUGAUCUGCCCAGAACUUAAAAAUAUAUAUUGCAAGAUUUUUGAUAAUCAAUGUAUAUUCAUGUAUAUUUAUUGUUAUCUGAAUAAAUGAUGGUGUAUAUUUGAUAA